UUGAACUUAGCGAAACAUUGACACAGGACGCCCUUCUCUACUUUUCCGGACUCAUACGCCAUUUAUUAAAUGUUUGUGUCCGGAUAAACUCGUCACGGUACUCGUUGACGCUUCUCGAGCUAGCUUAGCUUCGCUCGCUAGCCGCUAACGGGAGGGGGACACACGUGCUAGUUAGCAUUAGCCGAGCUCAAGUGCAAAGUGUUGACAUCGCCGCGCGAAAAUGUGCGCGAGAACGACCGCAAGGGACGCGGAGAAACUUUGCGGAAUAGAAGAGGAGAAGAAGCGACGACGCCAACUGCUGGACGCGGUUUGCAAGCAGCCUCGACUUGUGCUACGCAGAGCAGACGUCAGUGAGUAUCUUCGUCCUGGGCAGCGCGAGGCCGAGUUAACCCACGUCAAAGAGGAGGAGGGGCCAGAGCCUCUUCACAUGAAACAAGAGGCGCUGGAGACCACUCAUAUUAAAGAGAAAGAGGAAUCCGAGCCCCCUUACAUUAAAGAAGAAGAGCAGGAGGGCGAAAUCACCAAAUUUCCGUUGACCGGUGUCAAUGUGAAGCGUGAAGAAGAUAAUGGAGAGCACUGUGGAGGAUCACAAGCGCACGACCUAUCAGCUUAUGAUGACACAACAUCACACUCUUCUGACUAUGAUGAAGAUGAUGAUGAUGAAGAACAACACCCUCACGGUGAUAAGAAAUGUCACACUCGCAAGAAAUGUCUUAAAUGUUCUCACUGUGACAGAACGUUUUGCAACAAGUCAUCGUUGACAGCGCACAAAAGAACACACACUGGAGAAAAAAAGUUUGCCUGCUCGGUUUGUGGGAAAAAGUUUUCUCGCAAGUACAAUUUAAGAAUUCACACGAGAAAGCACACGGGAGAAAAACCUUAUGCCUGCUCCGUUUGUGGUAAAAGAUACACAAAAAAGUCACAUUUAACAAGACACGCAAAAACACACACUGGAGAUAAACCAUUUGCUUGCUCCAUAUGUGGCAGAAGAUUCACUCAGAAGGUAGAUUUAACAAGACACACGAGAACACACACCGGCGAGAAACCUUUUCCCUGCUCGGUUUGUGGUAAAAGAUUCUCUCAGAAUAAUUUAAUGCACUUCAGAACACACACAGGAGAAAAACCUUAUGCCUGCUCAGUUUGUGGUAAAAGCUUUGCUUCAAAGCCACAUUUAACAAGACACACGAGAACGCACACUGGAGAAAAACCUUUUGCAUGCUCUGUUUGCGGUAGAAGAUUCAGUAAUAAGGAUGAUUUAAAAGGACACACAAGAAGACACUCUAGUGAGAAACCAUUUGCGUGCCCGGUAUGCGGGAAAACGUUUUACAGAAAGUCAGAUUUAAAAAUGCACACAAGAACACACACAGGAGAAAAGCCUUUUGCCUGCUCAGUUUGUAGUAAAAGAUUCACUUCCAAGGCAGAUUUAAAAAGACACACAAGAACACACACCGGAGAAAAGCCCUUUGCCUGCUCAGUUUGUGGGAAAAGAUUCACUUUAAAGGCACAUUUAACAAAACACAGCAACACACACGGGGCAGAAAACAUUCAGUUGCGGUGUGUGAGAUAAAACGUUCCCUCGUGUGGGUCGGCAUAUGAGACACAAGUGUGCUGGUGAGGAGCGCAGCGGAUCAGGCAAGGGAAUCGCUAACUCAUUUCAUACUCCAAAAUCACUUUAUAGCAAUUUUUAGAAACAAAUUAAAAAAAUGUUUUUAUGUAUUAUUAUUAUUAUUUUUUUUAAGAUGUUGACUAAACUUGAAGGAAUUCCAAAAGGUAAAAUGUUGAGAGAUGGGAAGUUGUUGAUUAUGUUGUUAAACUGUUACAUUCCUGCCUCCUGAACCUCAACCAGCCAGUUUGCUUUCAUAAGAGUCAGGAAACCUGGUUUAUGUCAUCUGGCACCAUAAAACUGACUGCAAGUCUCCUCUCACUGGCGCAGCAUGCCUGACGGAUGACUGUUGACCAAUGGAACAUGUUCACCGCCCCAGUGGUGGUUAGGGACACUGCCUGCGGACAUGAACAUGACAUUGAAACCCCGCGUUUGUAACAAACCUUCAGGAAUGUUCUAAAUGUAUACCCUGAUGCCUGUGCGAUUGCGUUUUUACAGGUUGGCUUCUGAAUUUGUUCCUUCAAACCAAUUUUUAAGAGCCAAAUUGUAGACGAAAUUCUAGGUGAUGGGUGUGGUCUUCUCCAGUUCCCCUGUCCCUUAGACACGCUCCCUGUGUACUUAACCUGUUUAGCGUCUACCGUCUCUGGAUGACUGGGUCUCGGCUCUCUGUUGGUAGCCAUGGCAGCCGUACGAGUUACGCCCGCAGUUGAGAGCGGGGCCCGCAACAAGUUCAUUAGGCAGGAAAAGUGACACGUGCACCCCAACGGGACAGCAACUUUCUUUUUGCAUCUUUUGGGGUUUUUACUUUUUGUGCAUCUUCUUCUUCAAGUAAACCUGCCUCCUUUCCUCCUGAGAUGCUCGGAGACAGAACAUCCCCAGGGCCAACUUUUCUACGGUCGUUAGUAGAGCAUUGCAAUCGUUGCCAGAAUGUCCAAAAUUAGUGCCUCAUAUUUUUGGGGUAAAAUUCCAGCAUCACGCAAGUUCCAACUUUGUACUAGCGCAACACGCUGUAACCUAUUCACGCUCAUUUUUAGUCCAGCAACACAUUUUCUUUACGUAUGCCUAUUUUUU